UAGUAUACGACACGACGACGACGACGACGACGACGACUACCACGACGACGACGACAACGCACGACGAUACUGACGAAUCGGCAGCGGUGAGCGAGAGGGAGACCGAAAACGAGCAAGAGAGAGACAGAAAGAAAAGAUUCCUUCCUGGACAGAUUUAGACGUUGAAGUAACGACGUCCACCUCGCCGUCUUCGUCGUCAUCUUGACUUCGCUCGAUGGAUCUAUUCGAGCAGCAACACCCAUAAUUCAUCGACACGUCGACAUCUCGAAAGAAAGAUAUCUUCCUCGUCUCCACCUUCUCCCUCACCAACACCACCACCGCCACCACCACCACCAUUACCACCCCCUGCACCACCUCCCUCCUCUUCCUUUCCCUGUUCCCCUUCCUACCCUCUUCUCUUCUCUCCUCGGUGGCACCGUGGACGCGUGCUAUGCACGACCGAAACGCGACCGUCGACCUUCUCUGCCGCAGGAACGCGUGAACAGUAGGUUACCGUGUUCAGGUAUACCACGUGCUCUCGAUUCGCGUUAGUGUGUUGGUUAUACUACCUACGGUACCAAUAGUGUGUGCGUGUGCAUGUGAGUGUGUGUUGCUCUGCACCGACGUCACCUAAAGAAGUUAGCUCUCAUCAUCCCCUAUAUCUUGUAUUUUUUUUUUGCCCCCUUUAUAUAUCGUGAAAGUGCAGUGAGUCGAUAUCGACGUUAAUUUCCACGCGGAAUGCGGCCUCCUCGAGGUGGACGACGCCAUCGUUUCUAGUCGCCGUCGCCGCAAACGCCGCCACCGGCGUCGUCGUCGUCACAGUCGACGUCGUCCGGGAAAUCGGGGCACGAAACAUUAACUACACCCGUUCAAGACGACAAUUUCACCCUAGAGAUACGUAGAGUGCCUCCGAGUUCAAUUCCCAACAUGUCGUCAGCGACUUUCGUCGAUCGGAUAGAUCCCUUCGCUAAGCGAUCGCUUAAGAAGAAGUCCAAGAAGUCCCAGAGUUCCUCGCGAUACAGAAACUCACAGGACGUCGAGCUCCAACAGCUACCACAGCUCAAAGAUGUUACGCCGUCGGAGCAAGAAGAUUUGUUUAUUAGAAAACUUCGACAAUGCUGUGUGGCGUUCGAUUUUAUGGACCCAAUGGCGGAUCUCAAGGGGAAAGAAAUUAAACGCAGUACCCUCAACGAAUUGGUGGAAUACAUCACAGCUGGACGGGGCGUUCUUACCGAACCUGUUUACCCAGAAAUUAUCAAGAUGAUAUCAGCGAACCUUUUCCGUACGUUGCCACCUAGUGAAAAUCCAGAUUUUGAUCCGGAGGAAGAUGAUCCAACACUGGAGGCGAGCUGGCCCCACCUUCAGUUGGUUUAUGAAUUCUUUCUUCGCUUUCUUGAGUCUUCAGACUUCCAACCUACCAUUGGCAAGAAAGUCAUUGACCAAAAAUUUGUUUUACAAUUAUUGGAAUUAUUCGACUCGGAAGAUCCUAGGGAAAGAGAUUUUCUUAAGACCGUUUUGCAUCGUAUUUAUGGCAAGUUCCUCGGUCUUCGAGCGUUUAUACGCAAACAAAUUAACAACAUUUUUCUGAGGUUUGUCUAUGAGACGGAACACUUUAAUGGAGUUGGUGAACUUCUAGAAAUUUUGGGUAGCAUCAUUAAUGGAUUUGCUCUACCUUUAAAGGUAGAGCACAAACAGUUCUUGAUAAAGGUGUUAUUACCAUUACACAAAGUGAAGUGUUUAUCGCUCUAUCAUCCACAGUUAGCAUAUUGCGUUGUACAAUUUUUGGAGAAAGACGCAACCUUAACGGAACCAGUUGUACGAGGCCUCCUUAAAUUCUGGCCUAAGACGUGCAGCCAGAAGGAGGUAAUGUUCCUUGGUGAGAUUGAGGAAAUACUUGAUGUCAUAGAACCUAGCCAAUUUGUUAAAAUCCAAGAGCCUUUGUUUAGGCAAAUCGCACGUUGCGUAUCCUCGCCGCAUUUCCAGGUCGCAGAGAGAGCAUUGUAUUUCUGGAAUAAUGAGUAUAUAAUGUCGUUGAUAGAAGAAAACAAUCAUGUAAUAAUGGCGAUUAUGUUUCCCGCGUUAUAUAAAAUUAGCAAGGAACAUUGGAAUCAGACAAUUGUAGCACUUGUUUAUAAUGUACUCAAAACGUUUAUGGAAAUGAACAGCAAGCAAUUUGAUGAACUUACUGCCAGCUAUAAGUCUGAAAGGCAAAGGGAAAAGAGAAAGGAGAAAGAGAGAGAAGAAUUAUGGAAAAAAUUAAACGAACUCGAAAUAGAACGACGUGGUGGUACACUAACAGAAACAUCCAACAAUUCUGUUCCUGCACCUGCGACGCGAAACCGCCCCUGAGCUAGUGAACAUACACUAUUACGCUGCCCAAUUAUUAGUCUUUAGUUUACGUCGAUUGUCCAUACACUACAAGCAAGAAAUUAUCGUUGUUAGAAAGAAAGAGACAGAAAGAGAAAAGGAAGAUCAAGAUCAAGAAAGAAAGAGAGAGAGAGAGAGAGACAAAGAGAGAAAGAAAAAAAAGUGAAAGAAAAAACACAAAUAUCUUACUAUGGUAUUUCUGACGUAAAAUACAAUUUCUUUCGUUAGAGUUGUACUCGGAAGACAAAAUGGAGUUCGUAACAACAACAAAAAAAAAGAAAAAAAAA